UGCUGUCUCCAUCCAUCACCUCCAUCUCACUGUCAAAAUGCUCCUUACCUCUUUCCAUUUUCACAAAAAAGCCCUAACUGUUCUCCCAUCACUCUAACCUGUUACUCUACCAUUUUCAAUAUUAUUGCAGACCAAAAACGACUGUUUCUGUCCCUUUCAAUUAUGGGAGAAACCAUUCACCCAGUCCCUUCAAACAUACAUUUUUAGUAAACAAAAAACCAACCAAACAUCAUAAAAGCCUUCAAUGGUUUUCUAGGACUGAUCAAACUCAAAGCUCUGAAUAAUAAAAAAGCCCUUCAUCCUACAUCAUCAUCAUCUUCUUCCUCUAAGCUUUCAUUUCAUUUUGCUGGAGUUAUGAAACCCUAGUUAUGUUGUUUUGUUUUGUUUUGUGGCUGUAAGAAUCUGUGGGUCGCGAAGAAUUGGCUUAGGAAAAAAAUCCCAGUAAAAAAGAAGAGAUUUUGAUGGAUUCAUUGAAACGAGAAGUGGAUUCACCUAAAAGUAUGGCGAUCAACGCUCCAAUGGAGAAUAAUACCACCACAAUGAUGAUGAUGUCGUCGGCUUCGUCAUCGUCGUCGCCGUCGGCGACGGCUAUCUCCCCGACCACGGCGGCGGCGGCAACCCUAAGCCGGUACGAGAACCAGAAGCGGCGGGACUGGAACACCUUCGGGCAGUACCUGCGGAACCACCGGCCGCCGCUGUCGCUGUCCCGCUGCAGCGGCGCCCACGUGCUGGAAUUCCUGCGCUACCUCGACCAGUUCGGAAAAACUAAGGUUCACACCCCUCUCUGCCCCUUCUUCGGCCACCCCAACCCGCCGGCUCCCUGCCCUUGCCCUCUCCGCCAAGCCUGGGGCAGCCUAGACGCCCUCAUCGGCCGCCUCCGCGCCGCCUACGAGGAAAACGGCGGCAAGCCGGAAGCCAACCCCUUCGGCGCCCGAGCCGUCCGCCUUUACCUUCGUGAAGUCCGAGAUUCCCAAGCCAAAGCCCGCGGAAUCAGCUACGAGAAGAAGAAGCGAAAGAAGCCACCACCCCAGCCGCCGCAAUCCUCCGCCUCUCCCGCUGCUUUGCCUCCAUCCGCCGCCGCCACUUAACCUCAACCCAAAUCCUCUUUUGGAUCUAUCAUAUGAUCCAUGAUUUGAAAAGGUUACUACUACAUAUGUAAGUCCCUAAACAAUUUCCCAGAUUUUUAGCAGUAAUUAUAAUACCUGUAUGUAUGUAUGUAUGUACUAUAUAUGUGUUGGUCGAAAAUUGAAGCUGUACUGUGAAUAGUGGCAGCUUUAGUUAGACUUGGAAUUUCUUCAUCAUCAUGACUAUAUAAAUUGGAGUAUUUUGUUGUGUAU